AUGAAUUAUGACAUAGUGCGUGGUACAUAUACUAAUAUGAAUGAUAUUUGUGAGCAAUUAAGUAAAGAUGUCACCAGUUCACGUCAAUCCUUAUUCAUAAAUAUUCUUUCUACAAACACAAAAGAAAAAGAAAUAAAUAAACAAGAAGCUUCAUUUAUGUAUUUUCAAUUGUUAACUGAAAUCUUAAUCGGAAUGGAACAUGAAGAUGAUGCAAAAACAAAUAUGCUUAAUCACUGUCGAUUACAAUAUAUUGGAAAUGAAAUCGAUUUAAAAUAUAUCGAUGAGUUUGAUAAGACAUAUAGUCCAAAUGAAGCCAUAUGGUGGUACACAAGACAUUGCUUUUUAUUUGAAAUAUUGAAUAAAGCACUUCGAAUUCAAGACAUUGAUCUUCUAUUUAAAUAUCGCUUUUUCUUAACUGAUCUUCAUAAUCAAAUAAAACAGUUACAUUCAGAGUUUGUUCAAUCAUUUCCAACAACAAUAUCGACAAUGCACCAAAAACAGUGA